AGCCCGGCGUGUCGCUCGCGCUUGCAUUGCUUUUCGAAGCUCGCGCGCGAUCGGUCGCACGCUCGCGAGGUACGUGCGUGGUGCAGACUCGUGAGACGUAGGCGCACACGUGUAUAGAGAGAAAGAAAGGGAGAGAAAAUCCCUCCAGUCCCGUUCUGCGCUUUCUUUCCUCUCUCUCUUUCUCUCUUUUCCCCCUUUACCUCUUCCUCGCGCGAUCGAUGUUAUCUCGCGACGAGGAUCCUUCUUCGUGCGCGCGAGAAAGUGGCCGGCUCGUCGAGAUCAAGAUCGGAUCCGCGGUAAGGCACGAGUGCAGUUUUUCUCGGCGGUAUCGAUCGGUCCCGCAGCUCCGAUUCGGUGAUUAUUAUGCCCGUUGAUCUGUGAGAUCCCGAGACGCAGACAAGAGACAGCGGGAAAAGGCGGAAGAGGCUGCGCCGAAGAAUCCGGGCGGAGGAAUCGAGAGAAGGGGGGUCACCGGAGAAAGAUGGGGCGAUUACUCGUAGGGACGUACUUUUUGCUACUGACCGUGCUGUUAGCACCGGUGCAGAAAGCUGCGGCAUGCAGCUGUGCGCAAGCUCACCCACAAACCAAGUUUUGUGAAUCGGAUUUUGUCGUCGUGGUGAGGGUAAAAAAGGUUCUCCCCGUGAACGACUACGAGAUCGCUUACAAGGUCAAGAUAAACAGGGUGUUCAAGUCGAACCCAAAGGCCGACGUGGCUCUGAUGCAGAACCUUUUACGGACACCAUCCACGGACUCGAUGUGCGGAGUGACAUUGAACGUCGGCGAUACGUACGUCCUAAACGGAAGAAUCGUCUCGGGGAAAGCGCUCAUAUCGACCUGCGGGCUCUCGAUAAGAUGGGCCGACACGACUACUAGACAACGCAAGGGACUGAGACAACUUUAUCAACAAGGUUGCGUGUGUGACAUUCUGUAUACACACUGGAGGCGCAAGGGUGCCGUGCUAGAGUCCAGUGGCGGAAAGAAUUGUCUGUGGGAAAGCACACCAGGCCCCCAGGAUUGCCAAGAAAAAUACGGCGUCUGCAUGGCGUCGCGCAGCGGCUGCUCCUGGGUUCCCUCGGUGCCGUACAAGAAUUGCAUCAAGGAAUACCAGCGUAAACGCGAGCAGCAAAGGUCGCGGGAACCUUAAUUGGCACUCUCGUAUCUUACUCCGUUCGUGUCCUCGUGCGACGGGAAGCAACAGAAUUUAUCGGUUGUAAAACACGACGCGGCGUAUCUGCCAAACAAUUUGACGACGGACGCGCCGCGUGAUUGAGUCGCUGACAAGCGAAGCGGUAUGGCGAUAGUUUAAUGGAAAACUGUAUAUUUGCAACGCGUGAAAAAUCCACGAGACCCGAACCACUACUAUAUGCUGCAUGGAAUAAUUGAGCAACACGAUAGUUCAAUAAUAGGUUACCGCAUACGCGCGAGGCAAAAAUUCCCCCGUUUUUUCACAGUUUUAUCAAAAGCAAUAACACUCCGCGGUUUUGUAAAUUGACUUUUAGUAGCGCCUUCAAAUAGCGUCGGAUUUAUCUAAAAACAACUUUGCGCUAGGUCUUUAAAGCUGAAAAGUAGAUCGGUAAAUUUGAAGCACUCGUGAGGGAUGCAAUUAUAAUCAAGUGACGUCAUUAAUUUCGUGCUAAUUUUCAUGUAGAAUUUGACGCCGACAGAAAUAAAAAGUCGGACGAAUAUUGCCGAAAUGCGGUUAAAAUGUGGGGUCGGCGAGUGUUUGUUAAAUUAUUUGUGACUUACAAUUAGACUGGAUAGCAAUAACAUUGGCUAAUUUUAUCCCGUAGUUUAUAACGGCAAUUUUAUUGGCUUAAUAUUGUGGCUAUAACACAAAUAGAAAAAAGUAUUAGUUAAUUAUUGAUAGGUCUGAGCGGCGUUGUGGUGCAACCAACCCUUAAUUAUUCGAUUAUUAUUAACAAGGGGUAAGUUUGUAUUGCUUAGGUAUUUUGAAAUGCGUGAAUAUGCAUUUCAUCGCUGAAAUAUAUAUGAGUGACCUACUUUCACGACUAUUCUCUCUCUCUUAACAAGUUGUAUAUAUUAUAUAUUGUUAAUGUAUAUUGUAUAUCGUUAAAUUAUUCCAAUUCGUUUCGCGUUGUAUGUAGUCUUAGACGUUGUUACAACUUCACUCUACGUACUUUACUACGUUUUAUGCGCAUUUUUAGAUCUAAAUUAGUUGUAGCUUUGCGUACAUAAUUGUUGUUUACGUAGACUAUUAGUCAUAAACCGUGAACUAUUUAAUCAACUUUUAAUCAAGUGAGAACACUGAUUAUGCGAAUUUAUAGUCUUACAUGUAGAAGAUUUUGGUGUUGUUCAUUUUUCUUCUAUCAUUGUUGCACGCGAUAAUAUAGUUUCUCAUUAAACGGAAGCAUUUUAUUUCGAUCGAAGUUUAGUACAAAAUACAAAGAGUACUAAAAAUUUAUAUGCAUGUGCACUUUCGAACGAACAGAAACGAACUUUUUUUACCUGUAACUUAGUUUAGUUCUUAAACGUGGUACUUUUAUAAGUGUUAUAUGACAUGUAGAAUAAAAAUGAAUGAAAACA